GAGAAGGCGGAGUACGUGUUCCUCGUGAUCUUCACGAUCGAGUGCAUCAUGAAGAUCAUCGCCUGCGGGUUCGUCGCCCACCAGGGCGCCUACCUCCGCAACGGGUGGAACCUCCUCGACUUCACCAUCGUCUUCAUCGGGAUCAUCAGCACGUUCCUGUCGGUAGUGGACCAGGAGGGGGAGAGCUUCGACGUGAAGGCGCUGCGGGCCUUCCGCGUCUUGAGGCCGCUUCGCCUCGUCUCCGGAGUUCCCAGUCUUCAGGUGGUGCUGAACUCGAUCAUCCGCGCCAUGGUGCCUUUGCUUCACAUCGCUCUCCUCGUCCUCUUUGUGAUCAUCAUCUAUGCAAUCAUCGGUCUCGAGUUAUUCAGCGGGAUCCUCCAUCAAACCUGCUUUCGCAACGAAACCGGU